AACAUGGUGGCCGAACCGAAACCUCACCAAACUGGACGUAAACGACAAAAUGUCACCAAAACUGGCAACGAUUGGGACUACUACUACGACAGUUACUACGCGUCGACUGCUUUUCCACCUCGUUUGGCUCCGCCGUUGAAGAGACCUCGUUUGAUGCCGCCGACUCGAUCGCAGCAUCCAAAGCAACAGAAACAACAGCCAGCUGCAAACACAGCCAGUGUUCCGGACUUGAACCAGCUGAAAGUCUACAGCAACCCGGAUAUACUGAUCUGCGGCAACUGCAGGGAAAUGUUUACAGACCUGGGGGAGCUGCUCGAACACAAACGAAAUUACUGCAAGCUGCGGUUUACAUGUAAAUGUCACACUUUCAACGGAACAGCCCCAAGGGAUUCCACGACAGCACUGCUCUGCGUCUUGUGCAAGGUAUCCUUCCCCUCAGCAUGGGAAUUGAUGGUUCACGCUCAAGCAGCUCACAUGAUCAACAUUUACGAGCUGGGAACUCGACCUCAGAGUCCAAGAUCUGCGCCCAGCCCCCCGCAGAGUCCAAGCCAGCAUCAGAAGGAAUCAUCACCGUCACCGCAAGACUUUCAGGAAACCAAAGCAUCCGACUGCGAAGAACGCGCUGAAGAGGAAGAUCUGGAUGGACCCGAAUUAAUACCGUCCCCUGACAGUGGAAAAUCCACGGACAACGAAGCGGUUCUGUCACCGAUUAAAAUACGAUCUGACGUGAAUGGUCUGGACCACGAAGAAUGCGACGAGCUGAUCCACGUGGAGAACACCACGCAAGCUUGCAUCAUGCAUGCCCUCAGCAUUGACUCGUCCUUGGAACUCAACUCUGACACGAACUCGAGGGGAAGUUCCGGCCCAGUCAUGGCGUUGACUAAUGGAUCCUUGUCCGCGAAGGAAUAAGUCUGGAAAGAAUUAGUCAUUGGAACACGGUCUCCCCCACCUCCCUUGCCCGGGGGAUUCCUGUACCAACGCCACCAACGAGACAUAUCGAUCUCCUUUAAGGAUAACACACACCCCACCUGUAUAUAGCUUAAAUGCCUAACAAAUAAUUCAGGGUUGUCUCAUGCCAGAUC